GCCCCCACUCCAUUGAUGCACUUGGCCAUGGAACCGGCUUUUCUUUGCCACCACUUUUCCUCAUUGACUUCCCUUAUUUGUUGCCCUCACUUCUCGUGGAGUGGGCGCCAAACUGUGAAAUCAACAUGUCCUUUUGGGGUUGGGUCCACCUGAUUGAGUUGGCUUCACCUACAACCGGUCGGUUUGAAUUUCCGAGUGUCUCGUUUUAGUGCGCCAGCUGUGUUGGCUUCUAUCGCCCGGACUGGGCGGCAAUUUGCGCUUGUGUAUCUUGCGCAUCUCUCUUAGUUGGUGUUGUUCUUUUGCAUUGCUGCUAUGGCUGUGUCGGGGCCAGGUCGUGGGACUCCUCGCACCAACGUGCUAUCCAUUUGGGAAACAGGAUAAGGGAUGAUAAGGGUCGUUUCGAUCGGCUCGUUUGCGGCGAAGCGUUGGGAAAGACCCAUGCAAUGUUUACUACCUUUUGGGGAAAUAUGUUCAUGGCUCUUUGGUUGCGGAAUGGUGCAACAAAUCUCCUCAGCCGCUUUCAAUUGCAAGUUCUUUUUGUGACAUCUUGUGACUGGUUCAUGUGUAGGAUGCACGCUCGCUGAGUCAAGAACUGUUCGUAAAGGUGCGCGAGGGGGUGGAUGUUUUGAAUGCUGCUGCUGGUUUCAAGUAACUUGCGCAACAUUGCCGAAAGCCACAAUGUCCACAGCGUCAAGGUGGGAGUUGGGUCCGCGAGCAUGGCGGCUUCGUACACCCAGCCGUGGGCAUCCACAAGGGUGACCGUGGACGAGGCGCAUUCGCCAGCAAGGAUCUGGCCGGUGAGUUGUGCCGCUUACCACCGAAACUUUUGAUUAGUGAAAAGCUGGCAGAAGGUUCAAUGGCCUUUGGUCAUGAGUUGCGUAUGGCAGCAGAGGAGUUCACGGCGGCACCGGGACUUGUGUUGCUCACAGCCUUCCUUCUGCAUGAAGGAGCCGCUGGCGCUCAUUGCAACAGUUUCUACGCGCCUUACUUCCAUGUGUUGCCCAAGAAGCUCUCAAGUUUGCCGGUGUGUUGGCCAGAUGAUCACUGGUUGCAUUCAACCAUCAAGGGAAGCCACCUGGAACGGCAAGUCCGAGCCAAAAGGCACAAUUUGGGACUAGAGUUUGCUUUGUUGAAGAGCUACGUUGGCAAGCUGCCGCUGACUUGGGAGGACUUUCUUUGGGCGCGCUGUAUCGUCUCCAGCCGCGCGUAUUCACUUCAAAGCCAGCGCUGCUUAGUUCCUUGGGCAGAUCUUCUAAACCACGGCACGUCAUCAGAGGUUUGUGUGCGCUAUGGGCUGGAAGGCGAAACCGCGAGUGAUUUUGUCAUGAACUUGGGCCAGUUGGUUCCACAGGGUGCAGAACUACUGCAGUCGUAUGGUGAUAAACCAAAUGCCACGUUGCUCUUGGACUACGGCUUCGUUUUGCCACAGGCUCCCCCUGCUGUGGUUUCUUUGGCAUUCCAACUGCCACAGCUUUUGGAGACAGAUCCAGCCUUGAAGGAAAAGAAAGUUUUUUGGACUCGAGUGUCCAAGGGACGUUCUUUUCGCAAAGGAGAACUGCUGCUAGAGGUCGAUGAAGCGGCAGAAGCCUUUUUGGAACUCCUCCGCGCGGCCGUCGUUUGUGGGCAGCCCCAAGGAUCAAGCUGUGAUUUGGAGGAAAAGCUGCAGGACCCAAGUGUUGAGAUGGAAGCCUUGAUAAGGCUACAACACUCAGCUCAGCAAGCACUUGGCAAACUUUGUGAAUUUGAGGGACCUGAAGUCAAAGAAGACUGGGAAGUGGUCUCACAGCAAAAUUGUGCACAAGCUCUCGCGGACGAACGGUGUGUUUUGCAGAGUCUGGUUGCCCGUGCCAAGCGUGAAUCGUGAUGAGGAGCAUCAAUCGUAUGUGAGGAAUCGCCUGGGGUCAGACCUGCCACGCUUUGGAUCGAAGAUCGACUGGCAGCCCAUCGAAGCAGGACUUCAGGACGGAAAUAAAUAUCCACCCACCCACCCGCC